GGUCGCAGGACGCGCUGAUUAGCGCCGCUAAGGUCCAUGACGCGCCGCGCGCUGGAGUCUGGAGAUUCAAACUCGCUUGAGUUUACUGUGGUGUUUUACUGGAUUUACCUCGCUCGUGUGUGAAUGCAGGACUCUGAGGGACAUGGAGGCUUUUACCAUCAAGAGUCGCAUUAAGAGUCUCCUGCGCUCGCCGUCAAUCAAACUCAGAAAGAGCCGCAGCGGCCGCAUCAAAGAGAGUCUGUCCAACAAGGUGACUCUAGAGAAAGUUCUGGGCAUCACGACUGCGGGAAACAGCGGUUUAACAUGCAAUCCGUGUUCAGGAACGGUGGCCUAUCCGGCCGGGUGUGUCGUUGUGUUACUGAACCCAGCCAAAAACACACAGCAGCAUCUCAUCAACUCAUCCAGGAAGGCGAUCAGCACGCUGUCGUUCUCGUCAGACGGCCGGUAUCUGGUCACUGGAGAGAGCGGUCAUCUGGCGGCGGUGCGUGUGUGGGACGUGAGCGAGGGAUCGCUGGUCACUGAGCUGCUGGAGCAUAAGUACGGUGUGUCCUGUGUGGCCUUUUCCCCCAACGGCAAAUACAUUGUGAGCGUGGGAUCGCAGCACGACAUGAGCGUCAACCUGUGGGCCUGGAAGAAGAACGCUCUGAUAGCGGCGAAUAAAGUGUCCAGUAAGGUGACGGCCGUGUCCUUCUCCGAGGACGGGAAUCAUUUCGUCACGGCGGGGAACAGACACGUUCGCUUCUGGUAUCUGGAGCCGUCUCACGCCGAUCAGCGCGCGCGUCCCGUGCCGCUGAUGGGCCGCUCCGGGCUCCUCGGGGAGCUGCAGAAUAACUUCUUCUGUGCCGUGGCGUGUGGACGAGGCUCGAGGUCCAGCAGCACCUUCUGCGUCACUGCGUCCGGUCUGCUGUGUGAGUUCAACAGUCGGAGGCUUCUGGACCGCUGGGUCCAUCUGCAGACGAGUUCUGCUCACGCUCUGACGGUGACAGAGGACCUGAUCUUCUGUGCGUGUGCGAAUGGAACCGUGCGUGUGUUUGGAGCGUCUGACCUGAGCUUCAUCGGCACACUGCCCCGUCCUCAUCAUCUGGGCAUCGACGUGUCGGCCGUCACUCAGGCCGGUCAUCUGUUCAGCAGAGCGCCAGACGCCCAUUACCCAGACUCAGUGGCGGUGACCUUUGACCCCGUGAACCACUGGCUGUCCUGUGUGUAUAAUGACCACAGCUUAUACGUGUGGGACACGCGAGACCUGCGCAAAGUGGGCAAAGUUUACUCGGCGCUUUAUCACUCGGCCUGUGUUUGGGAUCUACAGGUGUGUUGUAGUAACAGCGACGAGUCCGAGUCGUUCCUCACGUGUUCGUCUGAUGGCUCUGUGCGUCUCUGGAGUUCAGACGGCGUUCGCAGCAGGAACGUCCUGAGUAACGAUCUUCAUCACAUCUUCUACAUGGAUGACAGCACCGCCGCCCUGCUGGAUGUGGAGGGAACCACCGAGGGAUCGAGCGGCAUCAGAACCAUCUGCGUCAGUCCGGACGGGAGACACCUGGCGUCCGGAGACAGAAACGGCACACUCAGGAUUCAUGAUCUGACGUGUAUGAAGGAGCUGGUGAAGGCUGAAGUCCACGACUCUGAGAUCAUGUGUCUGGAAUACUCCAAACCUGCAUCAGGCAUGAAUCUGCUGGCCACCGCGAGUCGAGAUCGACUGAUCCACGUGCUGGACGCUGAGGAAGACUACGGUCUGCUGCAGACGCUGGAUGAGCACUCGUCCUCCGUCACGUCUGUCCGCUUCGCUGCCGCCGGUGACGGGAAGCUGCGGAUCAUCAGCUGCGGAGCGGAUAAGAGCGUUUACAUCCACACCGCUCACAGGACGUCCAGAGGAACCGAAUUCAAGCGGACUCAUCAUGUGGUUCGUAAAGCGACUCCUAAUGACAUGGACGUAGAUCCCACAUGCAAGUACGCGGCCGUCGGCUGUCAGGACCGCAGCAUCCGAGUGAUCAACAUCAGCAGCGGCAAACAGAAGAGAUGCUUCAGCGGCUCUCAGACUGAAGACGGCGGUUUGCUGAAGGUUCAGAUUGACCCGUCGGGUCUGUUCGUGGCCUCCAGCUGCUCUGAUAAGAACAUCAGUCUGAUUGAUUUCCAGACUGGAGAGAGACUGGCCGGCGUGUUCGGACACUCGGAGAUCAUCACAGCUCUGAGGUUCAGCAGUGACUGCAGACGUCUGCUCUCGUCUUCAGCUGACAGCUGUAUCUUUGUGUGGCGUCUCGUUCCUGAACUCACCGUCAACAUGAGGGAGAGACUUUCUGUGAUCAAACGCCGUCAAAGCGCAUCGAGUGCUAGGAACAAUCCCUUCAGACGGUCCUCCAUGACUGGAUUCACGCUGCACAGAUCUACAUCCAUCAUGAGCUGCUCAUCUGAGAGCGACCGAGAGGAGGAGGAAGAUGAUGAAGACAUGAAGACAAAUGAAGAGACCGAGAGACAGAAGAACAUCAGACAGAGGACAGAGGACAGUGUUGAUGAGGAGACUGGUGCAUCUGAUGAAACGCACUGGAGUCCAGUGAAGGAUGCGUCUGUGGACUCGACUGUGUCUGUGGUGGCGUCUCGUCCGCGCAGACGCUGGUCCUGUCGCGUGGGGUCUCUGGAGCUCAUGGUGAAGUCCAUGCUGGAGCUGCGGCAGCUGGAUACUCUCUCUGAAGCUCCGGUCCAGAGCAGAAGCUGCGCUGAUCGACUGCGAGACGAGGAUCGAUGCAGCACCUCCAGCCUGCAGGAUUGGAGUCUCCGGCGUCCUCGUCCCCUGGCCUGGCUGCUUCCCGCCGGCGCUCCUGAACCCGAGGGUGUGGUUCUGUACCCGGAUCACUGUCCCAGCACCAGCAGUCUGCCCGGACCGUCCUACCAGAUACAGGCUCCGUCUGAGACCCUCGAGCACGAGGAGAGAGCAGAAGAAGCCCAGAGUCCCGUCAGCGGCGCAUCCAUGGGCUACGGCAGCGGAGGAUCCAGUCCAGACCCCCGACACCACGAUGUGGAGGCGCUGGGCUCUGAUGAAGAAUCCUGUGGCUGGAACACGCGGCUGAUCUCUGAUUCUGAGAGCGUUCAUGAAGACGUCUGGAGGAGAAGCUCCGAGACGCUGACAGACGCCAGUGAUGCAGGGUCUCAGAUGAGAGCUGAAGGAAGUUUGCACAGACAGACGUCCUCUAGAAGAUCAGUCAGCGGCCCCGGGCCCCUGAGGAGCCACCCGUACCUGAGCCGUGUCUCCUGCCCCGUCAGCAGGACUGCAGGGGGACUCCAGAAAUCUGCUUCAGCGCACAGCCGGAGCAAUGAGCCAGGCAGGUCCCUGACUCCGUCCCGUCUGCGGCAAGAGGCGCGUCCCGUCCAGCCCAAGCUGAGUUUGGAGAAGGUGGACAGUCCGAGCCAGAGCCGCUCCUACAUGAGCCCCACCACCAGCUCCAGGGCCAAAGCCAGCCGCUCGGUGUCCAGCGGAGACGGCCUGCUCUUGAGCAGCGGCUCCUGCGAGAGUCUCUCGAUCCCCGCGCCGUCCUGCGAGAAGAGCGCCUCCCUCCUCACAAACACUUCUAAAACACUGCCCACGAAAGCUGUCAGACCCCGUGUGUGUCAGCGCCUGAGCGGCCCGUUCACCGAAAGCCUGAGCCGAUCGGCUUCAUCUCAGGAGCUCCGCGCUGACCUGAGCGCUUCGUCUUCAUCCUCCUCCUCCUCCAGCUCGGCUCGAGCGGCGCCGAAGGCUUUCUCUGUGGUGUCUGACGCUCCUGAUGAUCCAGAUGCGUCGGUCGGUCUGGAGCUCUGCAGGCGGGCAGCAGCAGAUCUGUGCAGCAGCGUGAGGACGGCGACGCGGCUCUACAGGACGCUGAGCUCCCAUGAUGCCGAGUGCAGCACGGAGCAGCAGCAGAUGCGUCAGCUGAUGUCAGAGGCGCUGCUGCUCGUGCGAUCGGAGCUGGACUCGGUGUCCGGAGCCGUGAGGAUGGAGGAGGGACCGGAGACACUCGAAUUACUGGAGCAAUACUCACAACUGCUGCUGCGCUCGGUGGAGAGGAGACUGCAUCACCACACAUAGAGCUACACAAACACGUGCGUGCGUUCAUGCCUUUGCAUUUUAGGUGUCUCACACACAUGUAUUAGCAUUUUUUUAGAAAGUUGUAGUGUUAUAUGAUCUGAGGUGUUUCACCCACCGGUGUCAUUUACACUUGUUUUUACUAGAUUAUUUGUUUUUAAUUGCUUUUAAUGUCCAUUUUAUUCACCUUUUAUUGCCAAAUAAGAUCAUGUGUCUGUAAUCUGCAGUAUUUCAUAUUAGUGUUUUGUCUUGAUUUAUUUAAUGACACAUUAAUCAGCCAUUAACUUAUGUUUUUAUUUAUUCAUGAUCAGUGAUUGUUCAACAUGACUCUUACACAAUAAACUAAAAUAAGAAAUAA